GAUGGCGCCAUGGAUGGCGCAGGCUCAAUGACAGUGGCUCAAUGAGCAUCAUUGAGCAUCAGGAUCAGAAUAAACCCAACACUGUUGAUCACAGUAUGAUUGCAGUUUAGUAGUUUCACGUCUAUUAUAUGCAGUCGGACGCGUCGGUCACGGGGCGAUGAAGCAUACGAUUUGCAUGGUGUCGGACUUUUUCUUCCCCAACAUGGGAGGAGUAGAAAGUCACAUUUACCAGCUCUCUCAGUGUCUUCUUGCCAGAGGUCACAAGGUCAUUGUAGUGACUCAUGCGUAUGGUGACAGGACGGGCGUGCGUUUCCUGACAAACGGGCUGAAGGUUUAUUAUCUACCAAUAAAGGUUUUCUACAAUCAGUGUGUGCUGCCAACCCUCUUCACAAGUCUCCCUUUGAUCAGAGAGAUAUGCAUUCGUGAGCAAGUGACAGUCUUACAUGGUCACUCGGCAUUCUCAACGCUGGCGCAUGAGUCAAUGUUCCAUGCGCGUCUCAUGAACGUCAAGGCUGUGUUCACCGACCACUCACUAUUUGGCUUUGCUGAUGCCUCCUCAAUCAUCACCAAUCAGCUACUAAAGAUUGCGUUGGCAGGCUGCAACCAUGUGAUAUGUGUUUCGCACACAAGCAAGGAGAACACAGUGCUGAGAGCAUCGCUGAAACCAGAAAUGGUGUCUGUGAUACCAAAUGCAGUAGACUGCACUGCAUUUACGCCUGAUCCCUCACAGCGAGACAAAAACAAGUUGACCCUAGUGGUGGUAAGCAGGCUAGUCUACAGGAAGGGCACAGAUCUACUUGCAGCCAUAAUCCCAGUCGUAUGCAGGAGACAUCCUGAUGUGCAGUUUCUAAUCGGAGGUGAUGGGCCAAAGAGAAUCGUCCUAGAGGAGGUUCGAGAAAGGCAUGAACUUCAUGACAGAGUCUGCCUGCUUGGGUCUCUUGAGCACAGUCAAGUACGAGAGGUGCUGGUAAAGGGCAGUAUAUUCGUGAACAUGUCCUUGACAGAAGCCUUCUGCAUGGCAAUCGUCGAGGCAGCCAGCUGUGGCCUGCAGGUUGUGAGCACGCGCGUGGGAGGAGUGCCAGAGGUUCUGCCACCAGAUCUGAUUCGACUCGCACAGCCGAACGUCACAUCUCUUCUAGCUGAGAUAGAAUCAGCUAUAGCCGACUGCCGGAGAGGCACCAACCUAGAUCCCUAUGUCGUCCAUGAGCGCGUCAAGGCUCUGUACAGGUGGCAGGACGUGGCACAACGCACCGAGAUUGUAUAUGACUCCAUCGUAGUCAACCCUGAAGCUACAAUGGAAGAUAAACUACGGAAGUUGCACAAGAUAGGCCCUAUAGUUGGCUGGAUGGUCAUAUUACUUGCUGUGAUCGAUUUAUUCAUCCUGUACAUUCUAGAGUGGUGCAGACCAAGAGAGAAUAUAGAUGUUGUCCCUGCCUGGCCUUCCUGCAAGACUUCACCCGGGGUGACUGAACACACAGCUAGCAUGAGAAAGCAGACAGCCACCAGUGCAACUAAAUACACAGCUACUAGCCAGACGAAGCGGCGUAGCUCGAAUAAAAAGAGUUCAGCACCGAUUCAAGAUUCUGCACAAACCAUAACACCCAACGAAUACACUUAAUUGCCGUGAGAUAUCCAUAGCAAGUUGUUACAAAACUAACGUCACUACAGCUAUCGGACGUGCAACCUGUACAACAUAGGGGGCCUACAUACAGAAAGCUCCUGGGUGAUACUCCAUUAGGAGUGUUCCCAACUUUAUUGUCAUGUAUUUUAUGUUAUAUAUAUAUAUAUAUGGUCA